AAACAAAAAAAAAACGCGUGUUGUUGUUCGGGCAUCUCAGUUGAUGCUCUCUUGUGUAUUCCCCUUCAUUUUAUUCAUAGCAAUUUGUAGCACUUCAAAUGGAACUCCUCUCGAACGAAGGCCUACGAAUGGAUGGUCGCAGACCCAACGAAUUGCGCCGAAUUCAGUGCAAAUUGGGAGUUUUCAGCCAGCCGGACGGUAGCGCAUACAUUGAGCAAGGCAACACCAAGGUUCUGGCGGCGGUGUAUGGUCCACAUCAGGCACCAGGGAAGAAAAGCAACCACGAGGAAGUUAUUGUCAACUGCCAGUACAGUAUGGCUACAUUCUCCACGGGAGAACGGAAGAAAAGGCCCCGGGGAGACAGGAAGAGCCAAGAGAUGACUAUUCAUCUGCAACAGGCUUUAAGUGCUGCGAUCAAGACGGAACUAUAUCCGAAAUCUCAAAUAGAUGUAUACAUAGAAGUGCUAAUGGCGGACGGAGGAAACUACUGUGCCUCGGUAAAUGCAGCCACCUUGGCCCUCAUCGAUGCCGGCAUCUGUUUGAAGGAGUAUGUUUGUGCCUGCACGGCCUCAUUGGCUGGCAAAGUACCAUUGAUGGAUGUGUCAAAUUUGGAGGAAAUGAGUGGAGGACCAACUCUUACGGUCGCAUCGUUGCCAAGCAGCGGAAUGAUUGCAUUUAUGGAGAUGUCUCAACGAUUCCAUUUGGAUCAUCUGCCAAAUGUCAUCGAGACUGCCUUACAAGGUUGUCGAGAAGUACAAAAAAUUAUAGAUAGAGCUGUUAGAGAGCAUGUGAUUCAUCUAGGACAAGCCGGAGACUGGGGGAGCGUUGGCAAAUAAAACCAUUUUUGGGAUGUAAACAA